AUGGCGAAUAUUGCAAGUCCUUUACCUUACCUUGUAAAGAGGGAGUAUGGUUUCGUGCCGGAACUGAAGUCGCAUUUAUUUACUAAACGUUUAAAUGCUGCAAAAAAUUUAUAUCGGCGCGAUUUAGUAUGCCAUUUUGGGUGUGUAAAUGCCAUCGAGUUUUCUAGCAAUGGCGAAUUGCUGGCAUCAGGUGGUGAUGACAGGAGGGUUAUGCUUUGGCAGUUUGGUCAAUCACUUCUUGAUCAUUCUAAAGAACCAGUGCAAAUGAAGCAUCUUCACCAUUCCAAUAUAUUUUGCCUUGGUAUAACCGAUGAUAAUCAAAAGAUUUAUUCAGGAGGAAAUGAUGACACGGUGGUUGUUCAUGAUUUGGAGAAUAAAUGUCCCUUGGAGGUUUUGCAACAUCAGAGAGCAGUAUGCAGUCUCAGCAUUGAUCCUUUCAAUUGCCGUGUCAUUACCACAGCUGGCAAUGAUGGACGCCUAUUGCUGUUUGAUACAAGGCAAUCGGUUCAUGAGUCGCUAGUGAUAUCGCGCAGUCGGAAGGCGUUCCAUGGGGUGAUGUUCCACCCGCAGCAAGUCGGGAUGGUGGUGUCGGCCAACGCGAGGGACGGCGUCGCGCUCUGGGACCUCAGGUCACCCAAACACCCUGUACUGCGCUACGUAGGUAACAACGGUGCUACGCAGAACUGCAUGAGCGUUCGUUUCAACUCUGCCGGCACUCACAUCUUAGCCUUACGUCGGCGCCUCGCACCAGUUCUGUACGCCGUGCAUACAGCAGAACCCGUUGCAGAGUUCUAUCAUCAGGAUUACUACAACUCUUGCACUAUGAAGAGCUGCUGCUUCGCCGGUGAAGGAGACCAGUUUGUGAUGUCGGGCUCCGAUGACUUCAACCUUUACAUGUGGAAGGUUCCCGACGGAGAGACAGAUAUGGUUGUUGAACCCCCGCACAUAGUGUUAUAUGGUCACAGGUCGAUAGUGAAUCAAGUGCGAUAUAAUCCACGUUAUUGUCUGAUUGCAUCCUCUGGAGUAGAGAAGAUUAUCAAGGUGUGGUCAGCUUUGGAAUAUCCGCAAAUGAGAGGUUCGCUGUUAGAAGAGGCGCAAGGAUCGGACAACCCGCGUGAAAUAUACAGUCAUGAGGACUACGUCUCCCUGGUGCAUCAUAGUGGACAAUACAUCUCGCACAACUACGCUGAACAAUCAACAAGCGAAGAUCCCCGUAUGAUGGCAUACUUUGACUCGCUGGUGCAGCGUGAACUCGAGUGCUUGGCCGAAGAAACGGAUUCCUUCGACGGUUCGAGUAGCUGCCGAUCGCCUCGCAACGACACAGACUCUUCGGACAGCGAUCAAAUAGUGGUGGAUUUUCUGCCAUUGCCACCCAAAAGAUCCAAUCAGAAUGGUGCUCGCAGCCAACGCUGCCCUAACCGGUUAGCUCGGCUCGUGGCGACAGCAUCGCGAUACACCAAAAAUUUGCGCUCGCACAAAAGAGGAUCUUUGAGGCGUAGCAAACAGUCGCGCAAUUCCCUAAGCAAGUCGAGCGGUAAAUGCCCGAGCGGCGCCGGCAAGCGUUCGGAGCGCUCCGAGCGGUGCGAGCGUCGAUCGCGCGGCCCCCGGCGGCCCAUUGCUAGGGCUCGAGCGCGGCCCGUGCUGUCCAGCGAGCGGACGGAUUCUGAUGAACCCAGGCAUUGCUUAUAUACGGAUACGGGAAGGAUAAUAACGCCACAAAGGAGACGCAUAAAUCUCACGAGAACUUCGAAAAGGAAAAACAAAGUCACUAGUUAUAGAAAAGUUAUAAGUAAUUUAAGGAGUAACGGGGCUACACUAGCUCAUGACAGCAGUAAUAGCAAUAAUUUUAACCAUUUUGACAAUGAUGAAAAUUUAGCGCUACCAAGCACUAGCACAGGAUACAGGGGCCAAAGCUCUUCAACACUAUUUAGGAUAGCCGAAGUGGAUUCCGACGACGACCAAUCAGCGGGCAGCCAGCCCAUAUCACCCCGGAAUCACGCCAAUCAGGGCGUUCCCGCGAACCUAAUCAGCGUAGUUCCCACGCCAAUAAACGGGUCCCGCGACUCCAUAGGCGAUUUACUGCGAGUGGAACCGCCCGAGUCGGAAAGUAACAACUCGUCGCCGCCGCCGCCAGAAAGUAGACUAAGGAUGAAUUUGAGAAGAACUAGAAGAAACGGCCGUCUCAGUGUCCACCGUUCGGAUUCCAGCGAUUCUCCACCUCCUAAAGAAAUAUGCGCGACCACAUCCUCCAUAGCGGACAGACUUUCCCCAAAACUUGGCUACAACAGAACCGUGGCUAGACUCAUGAAUGAAACGAAUGAAAGUGAAUUGGAGAGCAGCUGCAGUACUGAGAGUAGCUUUUGGCCCCCACACGACGCUUUAGGGACCCCGGACAGUGGUGUUGGAACAGUCGCUGGUGGUAGUAGCACAAGAAACAACCAACGCCACGGAGACGAUGUUUCCGACGACCCGGAUUACCAAGCGCUCAAAUUCAGGCAGCGAGUGAAGAAGGCGCGUCGCAACUACAGAAAUCACAUGGACUCUGAUUCCAACUGA